AUGUUUAAAACAAAACAAUUAUUAAGGAAUAAUGAUUCGCCCUAUGAUUCUAAUAUGAAACCCAUAGCUGCUGAUCCUAUAUGGAAAAGAGCAAUUACAGCUAAUUCAGAAUGGCCAGAUAAAGAUGAAUUUUUGGAUGUUAUUUAUUGGUCCAGACAAAUUAUUGGAAUUAUUGUUGGAAUCGUAUGGGGAUUAAUUCCUUUAAAAGGAUUUAUCGCAUUAUUUAAACAUACAUUAUUUAUAAUAAAUUACGAUAUUAUUUAUAUAUAUUUCAAUUCAUUUCAAUCAAUCGAUGAAGAAGAAUAUGGAGGAGCAUGGGAAUUGACUAAAGAAGGUUUUAUGACUUCCUUUGCCGGAUUUUUAGUCACAUGGAUUAUUAUUUAUUCCGGUCUACACUUUGACUGA